CGCAUGCGCGGAGAGGGGCCGGGCCGGGCCGGCGCGCGCGGGGCCAUGGCCACCUACAGCGUCGCCAACGAGCGGCUGCGGGUCCUGGAGGAGCUGGAGCGCGAGAUCGGCGCCUCGCUGCAGAGCGCGGGGAACGUGAUCCUGGAGCUGUCGAAGGAGAAGCCCAACGAGCGGCUGCUGGAGCGCCAGGCCGCCCAGUUCACCGCCUCGGUGCAGAAGGUGGAGUCGGAGCUGUCGGGCCAGAUCCGCUACCUCACCCAGGUGGCCACGGGGCAGCCCCACGAAGGCUCCAGCUACUCGGCCCGCAAGGGCUGCCAGAUGGCGCUUAACCGGGUCGACUACGCCCGGGUGAAGCUGGGGGAGCUGGCCCGCACCUGCGAGCACAUGCUGGAGCAGUAGGGGGCGCCGCCGGGAGCUCGGCGCACGCCAAGGACACGCCAAGGACACGGGCUCGCCGCUGGGCUCCGCCGUUUGCCACGGCCAUGACCCGUCGGACACGCGAGGAGGCCCCGGGACACGCGCUGGGGGUCAGGCAAGCCCUGGGAUGACACGGGAUCUCCGGCCUGGCGUGGCGUGACAUGGGAUCGACACGGCGGCCGGGCCACGCUCCAACAUACGGACCGGUGUCCCCCCCACCCCACCCCCCGGGCAUACCGGGAACAUGCUGUGACCCACACAGUCACCGGCUCGGGGGCCAGCGGGGGCUGUUUUUUCUACUGCCUGUGUUAAAUAAAAGGGAAAAAUACCCAAUUUGUCCCACGCUGAG